UAUCCCACUUUUUAUUAACUUGAUCUGUACAAGAUCAUGAGUUCAAGUAAGAAGCUGCUAAUUACUUGUUUGUCUAUACUUCUAGUUGUGGUUUUGUUAUGCACUCAAAGUGUGCAUUCUCAGCUUCAAGUUGGGUUUUAUAUGAAUUCAUGUAUGUUGGCUGAAUUCAUAGUUAAAGAUGAGGUCAGGAAAGCUUUCAUUAAGGAUAAGGGAGUGGCGGCUGGUCUUGUUAGACUACACUUUCAUGACUGCUUUGUUAGAGGUUGUGAAGCAUCAGUGCUCAUUGAUUCCACUGCAUCAAGCACAGCAGAGAAAGAUUCUCCUGCAAAUAACCCCAGCCUACGAGGGUUUGAAGUUAUUGAUAAUGCCAAGGCUAAACUUGAAGCCAUUUGUAAGGGAGUUGUUUCGUGCGCUGAUAUAGUUGCCUUUGCAGCAAGAGAUAGCAUAGAAUUAACUGGAGGAGUCGGAUAUUAUGUUCCUGCAGGAAGAAGAGAUGGCAGAAUUUCACUAGCUUCAGAGACAUUGACAAACUUACCCCCUACACUCAAUGUCGACGAACUCACUCAAUCCUUUGCAAACAAGGGUUUCACACAAGAAGAGAUGGUCACCCUUUCCGGAGCACACACCAUUGGCCGAUCUCAUUGUACUUCAUUUAGCAACAGAUUGUAUAAUUUCAAUGGAACAACAAGUCAGGAUCCAAGUUUAGAUCCCAUGUAUGCAGCUCGGUUGAAGGAGCAGUGUCCACAAGGCAGCACAGACCCUAACCUGGUGGUUCCAAUGAACCCUUCUACCCCUGCUGUAACCGAUGUGGGUUACUACAUUGACAUCCUGGCUAACCGAGGGUUGUUCACAUCAGACCAAACACUUCUGAGAAACCCAGAAACAGCAAACCAAGUGAAUCAAAAUGCAAGGAACCCCAUGCUUUGGAGGCUCAAAUUUGCUGCUGCAAUGUUGAAGAUGGGUCAACUUGGUGUGCUAACUGGUACUGCUGGUGAGAUACGUACGAAUUGCAGGGUGAUAAAUAGCUAGAUCGAGGAAUAUUGUACUGAUCUUCAAGCUAAAAGCCAGCUAGGUGCUUACUAUAUAUACUUGUAUUUUUCCUGCUACAAAUAUUUAAGCUAAUGAAGCAUAUGCUUUCAGGUCA